UUACUUUUUUUUGUCCUAGCUGCACGCUCUAGGUCAAGGGUCACACAGAUUCAAGAUGGCGGCCACCUUGACUAGAGGACUGUUAGGUAUAGUGAGACCUCUUGCAGUUGUGGGACAGUCGUGUUUUAAUCACGCAGUCAAAGCUCCUGUGUUUCUCUCUCGCUUCUCUUCACUUGUUCAGCGACAGCUUCAUUUUAAAGCGCCGCCUUCUCUUGAUGCUUGUGGUCUUCAUCAUCAGACGCUACUUCAACGAGUGUCUCCUCUAAUCCCAUCACUGACGCAGCAGCCCUGCAGAACCAUAACAUAUUACAGUGUGAAGAAGGGCAAGAGGAAGACCGUGAAAGCUGUGGUGUAUAGAUUUCUGAGGCUGCACUGUGGGCUGUGGGUGAGGAGGAAGGCUGGAUACAAGAAGAAGCUUUGGAAAAAAUCAGCAGCCAGAAAGAAGCGUUUAAGAGAGCAUGUAUUCUGCAAUAAGACUCAGUGCAAAAAAUUAGACAAAAUGACGACAUCUUUUUGGAAACGAAGAAACUGGUACCUCAACGAUCCUUAUCAGAAAUACCAUGACAGGGUUAAUCUGUAAAAUGUCUUCAGUCCUCCUUUAUUAGCAUCGUACUGUUAUGUGAAGAAAUCAUUUGUCUGUAUAGUGUAAACAUCAUUGUUAAUCUCACAGUGCAGAACCACAGCAGAAAAUACAGAACAUACUUUCUGCAAAUUUAACAUAACCUAAAAUAUUCAUGUAAUAAAACCAGUGUUUCUGGAUCUUUUUGGUCAGUGUAUAAAGCAAUGAUUAUUGAAAUAAACCUGUUUCAGAA